CUCCCGGAACUUCCGGGAGAUUUGGGAUUUCUGUAAUACUGUACAUACACACAGUUAGCCACAUUUAUCUAAAUAAACAUUCAACUCACCGAUUCCUCUAUGAAUUAACAGCUUUUUUUGUUCGUUUGUCUCUCUUUCCAGGUUUCACCAGAUGAACCACGUUAGUUUCAUUAGUGUUAACUGGGCCUUAAUCAAUCAUCGACGGAAUCAACAGGAACUCUACGCAAGGGGGCGGAGUCAGCAGUGCUACCUGAGUCUUUUCCGAUUGGAUCUCUAACAUCUGCAGUGCUAUUCAGAGAAUCAAUAUAUCUGGAAUGAGUUCUAAAAAUGUGACCGAUUGCACCACUAACAUUGAGGCACACUGACUAAGGCAUUUUGGUAUCAGUCAUGAAGGCUGUGCAGCUCUAGCUUCAGCUCGGAGAUCAAACCCCUUACACCUGAGAGAACUAGAUCUUUAUGAAAAUGCAUUUGGAGACACAGAAUUCUGACUAUAAUCUUGAGAUACUUAAGGAAGAUCGCCAUCAUCAAACAUUUAUCCAUUAAAGAAGAAUUUUCGAAGAAGAAUUUCAGUGUGAUCAUGGAUCCAAGCAGUUCAAAUAGUUCCUCAGAGCUGAGGAUUCUCCUUUUGGGUCCAAAACUUGAGGAGAAAAGUUCAGCAGGAAACACAAUCCUGGACAAAAAGGAGUUUUACUUGAAGACUUUGCAAUGUGUGGAGAAACACAGUGAAAGAGCUGGCAAAAAGAUCACUGUGGUUGAUACUCCAGGGUGGUGGGGAAAUUUACCAUUUGAAGAAAACCCUGAACUGUACAAACAGGAAAUUAUCCUGAGUGUGACAAAAUGUCCUCCAGGACCUCAUGUGCUGCUGCUGGUCUUAAAUGUAGAAACACCUUUUAAAGAAAAUGAAAAAGACAUUCUAUGUGGUAACAUGAAAUGUUUUGGUCAUGAAGUGUGGAGGCACACUAUAGUCCUGUUCACCUGUGAAGAUCAUCAUACAAGCACUCAACAAUUUAUUGAGAAUGAAAAUCUCCAGUGGCUCAUUGAGAAAUGUGGGAACAGAUAUCACGAGCUUGAUACUAAAAACUGGGGCAAUGGAUCUCAAGUCAUAGAACUGCUUAAUAAAAUACAGGAGAUGGUAGAAGGAAACAGAGGCAGACAUUAUGAAUUAAACAGAGAGAUUUUGAAGCAGGUGGAGGAGAAGAGGAGAGAACAGGAGAAGAGAGCAAACAUAAGAAGGAUCAAAAAUCCACAACUGAAAGAUGCGACAAAAACAACUGAAAAUAAGCAUCCCGUCUCAGAGCUGAGGAUGGUGCUGCUGGGUUAUUAUGGAUCUGGGAAGAGUUCAGCAGGAAACACCAUCCUGGGAAAAUCUGUAUUUGAUUACAAAAGAUCAUUGACAUCUGCAGUACAAGAAGGAGAUGUUGCAGGAAGACACAUCACUAUGGUCGACACUCCAGGCCGAAGAAGAAAUUACCACUCAAAAUACACCCCCAGACUCUACAAAGAUGAGAUUGUGUUGUGUUCAUCUCACUGUCCUCCAGGACCACAUGCCUUUCUGCUUGUCAUAAGAGUGGACGUUUCUUUCACUGAAGUUUACAGAAAGGCAGUAGAGGAACAUGCUGCUCUUCUUGGUCUCAAUGUCUGGGACCACAUGAUUGUUCUCUUUACCUUUGGUGACUGGUUGCGAGACACAAGCAUUGAGCUGUUCAUUGAGAGUGAAGGAGAAGCUCUUCAGUGGAUAAUAGACAAAUGCGGGAACAGGUAUCAUGUCUUCAACAACAGAAACACAGAUGAUGGCAAUCAAGUGACAGAGCUGUUUGAAAAGAUAGAAGAGAUGGUUGCAGGGAACAGAGGAUGCUGUUUUAAAAUACAGCAAAAGAAUUUGGAAGAGGUACAGUCCAAAAGGAUGAAAGUUGAGAAAUUAGCAAAACAGAUGAAGGCUGAAGUUAAAAAAAGAAACGAUUUGAGACAUUCAACAUCAGGGGUUGCUGAACUUUUUGAAAUGAGGUUGGUGUUGCUUGGACUUCACCAUUCCAGCAUAAGUUCAACAGGAAACACAAUUUUGGGAAGACAAGUAUUUGACCGAAGAAUGGAAGAGAAUCUAAGUAAUAAUGGGGAAGUUGCCGGGAGGAAACUCUCUGUUGUUUGUACACCGGGUUUUGAGAAAGAUUUCCUUAUUGGGAAAAGACUUGAGGAUGCUAAACGCAACCUUCUGAAAAGUCUAGCAGAACAGUCUUCUGGACCACAUGCUUUCAUUUUAGUCCAGAGUGUUGACUGUUCUUUUGCAGAGGAAGAGAAAGGUGCAUUAAUGAAAAUCAUGGAGCCUUUUGGUGAAGGAAUCUGGAAUCAUAUAUUGGUUCUCUUUGCUGCUGGAGAGGAACUAGGAGAAACUCCCAUAGAGUUAUUCAUUGCAAGUGAAGGUGACACUCUCCAGUGGCUCAUCGAGAAAUGUGGGAACAGGUAUCAUGUUCUCAACACUAAGAACUGGAGUGAUGGAUCUCAAGUCACAGAACUCCUGGAGAAGAUUGAGGAGACGGUGGCAGGAAAUAGAGGAUGUCAUUUUAGACUAGAUGAAGAUACUUUAAAAUGGGUUGAAAGAACAAUAGCUGUACCCAUUACAAGAUCACACAGUAUGGAUGAUCCAAUGAGUUUUUCUGGAAGACACAGUUUUUCCUCAGGGAUAGGUUCAGGACAGGUGUCCCAGAGAUCCCAAGAAGCACCUGAAGAGUCAAGUUCAAAAAUGAGCUCUGGAGUGGAGUCUCUUAGCUCUAUUCCUGAGUUUGAUUGAGGCCUGGAUUCUGAUUCAGAUACACAUGCACUCUAACAUUGUCUUGUUUGCUUAAUUUUAUUAUCUUAUACAUUUUUAUUACCUGUUUAGAUCUGUACAUAGAGAACAGAAGGGAACAAAAAGGUCACUUAUGUUCAUUAAUCAGUAUCAUCAAAUCUUUACUGAACAUGUUUUGAGUAUUUUUUUUUUUCACAACUGAUGGCUUGAUUUUUGUGAAUAUGUAAUUUAUCAGACGCGCACUGUAUACAAUUCUUCAGUAAAAUAUGAUUUCAGAUUUUGAAAACCCAACUUUAAAUGGGUGUAUGGAUCUAUGUUUUUGAAAAAGCACACCAGACUAUUAUAUGAUUGAACACGUGAUGUCACUGUGAUUGGCUGCUCUAACCAUAAACAGCUUUUGUAAUUGCACACUUUAUCUAGACCGGUAACACUGGUAUUUAUUUUAUGCUUUGUACUGUACAUGUAACAUAGCAAUAUUAAUAGUAUAAAAUUUUGUUUUGAAACCUUGUGACUUAACGUGUUUCCCAUUAUCACGUUUUUAAUCAUUUCUUUUCAACUUACAUGUAGCAUUUAGCUUUUAUCUUUAACUGAGAAACCAAAAUUCCCUUGAACUUUUGACAUAUAAGAAGUCACUGUACUGUAAAAAACAUCCUGUAAGUUUCUGAACUCAAAACAUUCUUGUUAGUCUAAAACAGAUUACAUUAAAGCCUGGGUGCAAAUGACAGCUUAUGGAAUGUGUUGCUCUAUUGGUGCAUUCAAGUCAUGUUGUAUAGAUCAUAUUUAUGAGUUGAACACACAAGAAAGCCACCACAAAGUCAAUAUUAUGAGUGGGAAACUCAAAACUAAUGCUGCAUUCACAUCAUUUCAUAAUUACUGUAACUUUGAGAUGAAAACACGUCGACGUUCUACUUGGAGCUGUUCACAUUGGACUCGAAAUCAGGACUAUUGCACUCUCCCACUAAACACUGGACGUCGGAUAGAUGUGCAGAUCAUGUCUAAAUUAGGUCCAUCGGUCCAUGACCAUUUCUGAACAUCUAUUCGACGUCCAAACUAGGUCCACUAUUUGG